AUGGAGGCGAGUGCUGGUUUAGUUGCCGGCUCUCACAACCGGAAUGAGCUUGUCGUCAUCCCCCUUGAACGUGAUGGGGAAUCUGCUCCAAAAGCAUUGCAGGGGCAGAUUUGCCAGAUUUGUGGAGAUGAUGUAGGCCUGACUGCAGAUGGGGAGCUGUUCGUGGCCUGUAAUGAGUGUGCCUUUCCCAUUUGCCGCACUUGCUAUGAGUACGAGCGCUGCGAGGGAAGCCAAGUCUGUCCUCAGUGCAAGACCCGCUUCAAACGUCUUAAGGGGUGUGCCAGGGUGCAGGGUGAUGAAGAAGAAGAUGGUGUGGAUGACUUGGAGCACGAAUUCAGUUUUGAUGCAACAAGGAGCAGACAUGGUAUGCAGCAGGCGCUUGCCGCAGACGCAAUGCUUCACGGCUACAUGAGCUAUGGCCGUGCCUCUGACUCUGAUUUCCCUCAAGUCCUUCAUCCCAUGCCCCAACUUCCCCUCCUUACAAAUGGUCAAAUGGUUGAUAUCCCUCCUGAACAACAUGCUUUGGUCCCUUCUUUCAUGGGAACUACUGCCAGAGGCAAAAGGAUCCACCCUCUUCCUUUCUCAGAUCCUGCCUUUCCAGUACAAGCCAGAUCCAUGGAUCCUUCCAAAGACCUCGCUGCUUAUGGCUAUGGUAGUGUUGCUUGGAAGGAAAGGAUGGAGAGUUGGAAGCAAAAGCAAGAGAAAUUACAGAUGAUGAAACAUGAAAAUGGUGGCAAAGAUUGGGACUGUGAUGGGGAUGGGAAUGGCCCUGAUCUACCACUAAUGGAUGAGGCAAGACAGCCCUUGUCAAGAAAAUUGCCAAUUCCAUCGAGCCAAAUCAAUCCUUACCGAAUGAUCAUCAUGAUUCGACUUGUUGCUCUUGGAUUCUUCUUUCAUUAUCGGGUCAUGCAUCCUGUGAAUGAUGCAUAUGCGUUGUGGCUCAUCUCAGUAAUUUGUGAGAUUUGGUUUGCUGUUUCAUGGAUUCUUGAUCAGUUCCCAAAGUGGCUUCCCAUUGACAGGGAAACUUAUCUGGACAGAUUGUCCCUGAGGUAUGAGAAGGAAGGCCAGCCUUCACAACUUUGCCCAGUUGAUAUUUAUGUAAGUACAGUUGAUCCGUUGAAGGAGCCUCCUUUGGUGACUGCAAACACUGUUCUUUCCAUUCUUGCAGUGGACUACCCUGUCGACAAGGUCUCAUGUUAUGUUUCAGAUGAUGGUGCUGCUAUGCUGACAUUUGAGGCACUGUCUGAAACAUCUGAGUUUGCUAAAAAGUGGGUCCCUUUCUGUAAGAAGUUUAGCAUAGAACCACGGGCACCUGAAUGGUAUUUUGCACAAAAGAUAGAUUAUCUUAAAGAUAAGGUGCUUCCAUCAUUUGUGAAGGAACGGAGAGCAAUGAAGAGAGAAUAUGAAGAGUUUAAAGUUCAAAUCAAUGCUUUGGUUGCUAAAGCUCAGAAGGUUCCAGAAGAAGGAUGGACGAUGCAAGAUGGAACUCCGUGGCCUGGAAAUAAUGUUCGUGAUCAUCCUGGGAUGAUUCAGGUUUUUCUUGGCCAAAGUGGAGGACAUGACACAGAUGGGAAAGAAUUACCACGCCUGGUAUAUGUUUCUAGAGAAAAGAGACCUGGGUUUAACCACCACAAAAAGGCAGGAGCAAUGAAUGCUUUGGUGAGAGUCUCAGCUGUUCUUACGAAUGCACCUUACUUGUUGAACUUGGAUUGUGAUCACUACAUCAAUAAUAGUAAAGCUCUUAGAGAGUCAAUGUGUUUCAUGAUGGAUCUGUUGGUAGGAAAGAGAGUGUGCUAUGUCCAGUUCCCACAGAGAUUUGAUGGUAUCGACAGGCAUGACCGAUAUGCCAACCGAAAUACGGUGUUCUUCGAUAUUAACAUGAAAGGCUUGGAUGGGAUCCAAGGGCCUAUCUAUGUCGGGACUGGAUGUGUCUUCAGAAGGCAGGCUCUCUAUGGUUAUGAUGCUCCAAAAACAAAGAAGCCACCAACCAGGACGUGCAACUGCUUGCCAAAAUGGUGCUGUUGUGGAUGCUUUUGUUCUGGAAAGAGGAAGAAGAAGGCCAACAAACCUAAGACUGAUAUGAAGAAAAGGAAUUCCAGGAAGGGAGAUACAGAGGCUCUGGCACCUGUCUGUGCUCUGGAGGGUAUCGAAGAGGGCAUUGAAGGUGUUGAAGUUAAAAAUUUGACUCUGAUGUCUGAGGAGAAGUUGGAAAAGAAGUUUGGGCAGUCUUCUGUGUUUGUGGCAUCCACCUUGCUAGAGGAUGGAGGGACACUGAAAAGCACCAGCCCAGCAUCUCUGCUUAAAGAAGCCAUCCAUGUCAUUAGCUGUGGCUAUGAAGAUAAAACUGAAUGGGGAAAGGAGGUUGGCUGGAUAUAUGGUUCAGUUACAGAGGAUAUCCUAACAGGCUUUAAAAUGCAUUGCCAUGGGUGGCGAUCCAUAUAUUGUAUCCCCGCAAGGCCUGCAUUUAAAGGGUCUGCUCCCAUUAAUCUGUCUGAUCGUUUGCACCAAGUCCUUCGGUGGGCCCUUGGAUCAAUCGAAAUAUUCUUGAGCAGGCAUUGCCCUCUUUGGUACGGGUAUGGAGGGGGUUUGAAGUGGUUGGAACGUCUGUCUUACAUAAAUGCUACUGUGUAUCCAUGGACAUCCAUUCCACUUCUUGCUUAUUGCACUCUACCUGCUGUAUGUCUGCUAACAGGCAAAUUUAUCACUCCAGAGCUGAGCAAUGUUGCUAGCUUGUGGUUUCUGUCUCUUUUCAUUUGCAUCUUUACAACAAGCAUAUUGGAAAUGAGAUGGAGUGGCGUUGGCAUUGAUGAGUGGUGGAGAAAUGAGCAGUUUUGGGUGAUUGGAGGGGUGUCAGCGCAUUUGUUUGCUGUGUUUCAAGGGCUUUUAAAGGUUUUAGCUGGUGUUGAUACAAACUUUACUGUGACAUCAAAAGCAGGGGACGACGCAGAUUUCUCGGAGCUUUAUGCAUUUAAGUGGACGACAUUGCUCAUCCCACCAACCACACUGCUCAUAAUAAACUUGAUAGGAGUAGUCGCUGGAGUCUCCAAUGCUAUAAACAAUGGGUAUGAGUCAUGGGGGCCUCUGUUUGGUAAGCUCUUCUUUGCCUUCUGGGUGAUUGUUCACCUCUAUCCUUUUCUCAAGGGUCUGCUUGGUAGGCAGAACAGAACUCCUACAAUCAUUAUUGUGUGGUCAAUACUGCUGGCUUCCAUCUUCUCCCUUUUAUGGGUUCGGGUUGAUCCAUUCUUGGCCAAGUCUGAUGGCCCGGUCCUGGAGGAAUGUGGAUUGGACUGCCAAUAA